AUGUCGACACCAGCCUGGAUGCGAGAGGCUGACUCUAGCACAGAUGAUCGCGACACCUGGUCGAUACAGGCUUCGUGGCCUAACGCACCCACCAGGCUGAGCACCCCAGGGUUCGUGGCGAGCCAUAAGCAGCUCCAAUGGUAUCUGGAGGAUUUCGCAGCAAAGGAACCCCUCGCGGGCGAUAGAGCUGCAGAAGCACGGUACACCCUGGAACAAUACUGCAACUCGAUACGGUCUCAAUCUGCGCCGCAGGUCGGCCCGGGGGCCACUACCAAGACCCCGACACUGGUUGACAUCAUUGCUAAGGGGAGUGAAUCACGACUCCAUGCGCUGCCAUGGGAGGCCCUCGAAAACGAUUCCCGGUUUGUGGUCCGCCGGCGGGUCGAGACAGUCGGAUCUAUCGGGAUAACACGCGCUGUCUCCGAGUUGAGCAUCGGCAACAUCGCCACCUUCAACAUUCUUCUCGUUGCCGCUCGUGCCGACCAGGACGACACGGCGCCAUACGGGCAAGUCGCUCAACCGCUCGUUAGGAUUCUGGAUUGUCUUCCACCGGGAAGCCCUUCCGUCAAGCUACAAAUUGCACGUCCUGGGACGUUUGUCGCCUUGCAGAACCAUCUCGAGGACGCCCGUAAACGUGGAAAGCCUUUCCACCUGGUCCACUUUGAUCUUCAUGGCAAGGUCCAGAAAAAGAGGGCACGUCUUUGCUUUACUGACCGCGUGGUCGAAGGGCGAGAAGUGGCAAAGCUCCUCGCCGAACACGGCGUCACCUUUGCAGUCCUCAAUGCCUGCAACUCGGCCGCCGCGCACCACGCCCGGCCCGAGACGAACCUGGCCCGCGUGCUUGUCGAGGAGGGCGUGCCGCACGUGCUCGCCAUGUCGUAUCAGCUACAGAUCAGUACCGUCGGGACCAUGGUCACGGCCUUUUACGAGGCGCUGCUCCGAGAUCAGAUGUCGUUUGCCCGGUCGGCUGCCGCCGCGCGGCGUGCCAUGCGGGACGAGCCCGUGCGGACAGGGAGGUUUGGUCUCACCGUCGAGGUCUUGGACUGGAUAGUGCCGGUGGUGUAUACUUCCCGGGAGCAGGAUCCGGUCGUGGUGACGACUUCCGUGGUCGCAAAGGCGACGCCUCGACGAGGACGGUUCUCCCUGCGGUGGGGGAGUAGUAGUGGCAGCGUUCCCAUUCCGGUAGCUGGGGCACUUCAAGGCCGUGACGGCGAUGUGCUGGAGCUGGAGACACGACUCGUUCAGAACAGAGAAGCUGGAAUACAUCAUCCGCUGCUCAUGACAGGAGAGCGGGGAUGUGGCAAGACGGCACUGCUCCGCCACCUGACGCAGUGGUGGGUCAAGACCGGAUGGAUGUCGCGCGUCAUUUACGUUGACCUCGAGUCCACGCCGGCAGAGACUCCCGAGAAGCUCAGGGAGGCACUGACGAGAGCCCUGGCGGGAGACAAGAGCUCGCAGGACGGCUUGAUGACACCUGCAGGAUCCACGCUCAUCAUCGUGGACCAUUUCGAGGUCAAUCCCCCUUUCAAACUGAACAUUGCCGGCGUAUCCCAGUUCGCUGCCACAACCGAAUUGUGGAGGAGAUGCAUCGAGGGGCUGUCAGACCUUCCAGCCCGCAUCAUCGUGGCGUCCUACCACUUCCCCUGGUACAUUGAUCUUGCCGAGAGCAGCACGUGGCCCUGGAAGGCCUACUACAUGCUGCCACCUCCAACUGCAGAGGCUGGGUUCGUAGCAGGCGUGGCCGGGACCGAGAAGUCGUUCCGGGGCAUGCUCAGCAGCCGUCGCGACUGCGAUGUGUUUGACGACAUCUCCAAAUGGGCGGCUGUCCACGUACCGCUCCAUGAGGCCGUCGUAGCUCUAUGCCGAACAAAAGGUGUCCGCGAGGUCAGCACUCUCCUGCGGACAAACACCGACCUACUCGCAGUCAACGGCUUCGAAUCGGCCAGGAUCAAGCAGUCCAAGGCGUACCAGGCGGCACGCGAGACGUGGAAGCAGUGCAAUGAGCUGGAGAGAGCGAUCCUCGUAGGCUUCGCGCCCUUCCAGGGCUCCCUACCGAGGUGCAUACAGACGUACGCCGUCAUCUUUGUUCUCGGCCGGCUCAAGUUCCGGAACAUGGUGCGCGACCACGUGCUGAGACACGCGCCGGCUCCGAGUGUGAAACAAUACUGGGCCAUGGUGAAUCCUUCCACGGCGAGCCUGGUCGUUGCGACACUCAAGGUGCUGAUCUUCAAGCUCAAGAAGCUGGGCCUGAUAGAAGCAAAGAUCGCGCUGGGUCCUGCGCCCACGCCGGUGGCCGAGAACGCUGACCAGCUAUACGACACCGAAGGGACCAAGCUUUACGCGAUCCAUCCCGUCUUUAGCAUCUUCCUCCGCCACCAUGCUGCGAAGGAAGGAUACGGCCGUCUUGCAAGCUCAGACGACGAAAAGACAUUGCUGCUCACCAGGACUUUUGUCGAGUACCACGAGCUCCGCUGCUACGAAUGGAUGGAGAAGGCCAUGACACCAGGAGCAGCCCAGUGGGACACGUACUCGGAGUUCCUGCUGGGCAAGUCCAGUUUCACCGCCGCGCUCGAGAUCCAGCUUCAUCAGUCAAAUUCCAUGCCAGUCGACCCGGACAGCCCCCCCGCGCCAGUCUUUCUCGCGUGGUGUCUCAUGACCGCCAGCGGCUUUCAGUCCCAGUUCACCCUGACGCGGUUUUCCCCCGACGACCUGCGCGAGUACUGCGAGGCUGCCUGGCCGGGGGCUUGUGCUCGGGUGCGCGAGGUUGCCAGGCUCGUGCUGCGCGGCAGCUCAACGCCACUCUUUCUUACCCUCUCGCUGUCAGUAGUGCUCCAGCUAGCGGUGUACAUGAGUGAGCAAUACCUCCUCCAAGGGGAAAUGGUCAAGCUGCAGCAAUGCAUGGACACAGUUGAUGGACUGCUUGCCAGUCUUCCUGUCAGCCAGGAUCUGUUGUGUGCUCUGAGCCCUCAGGGCUUCCUUACCGAACUCCUGGAUUUGGUGUCGGCCCUCCGAAGCAUUGCAAGCGGGGAGGACGUGUGUCCUGAGCUUGGUUUCUUUGAGCUCAUUGCCAAGCGCCGCCCCGACUGUGCUGGGCCAGGAUGGGAUGCUGUCCACAAGGUCGUCUCGCUGUACCGCCCCAUUGCAGAGCUCUUGCAGGCCAAUGAGCAGCUUGGAUUGUGGGAUGGGACGAGCCCAACAGCUGCCAUUGACGGGAUCAAGGACCGUCUGGACCAGAUUGCCGUUGAAGAUCUCGAACCGGUCUGGGAUGACUUUCUGGACGAGCUGGACGACGAUACUUUACAGGACCUGCAGCUUGUCGGCUUUGAGCAGGCUGAGCAGGUUUUGCUGACAAGGAUCCGACGUGGCCUCAUCACAGACAUGGACGCCCUUGACGCUGUUCGGGAUACCCAAGAGCUAUCUGCAAUCCCCAGCAACUACAUCUCCGCCAGGAUCCGAGGGGUCCAGCGAGGGCAGUCCCUAGCUGCUACCACCGCCCAGUACCAGCGGGCUCACAAUGAAUGGAAGAGUCAGCCGAACAUGCGGAAGGCCCGGAUGAAGCUGUUCGAAGACAUCAUUCUGCGGCUACCUGAUGACACAACUCGCGACUUUCUGGAGCUUUCCCAGUUCAGGGCGUUUACUGCCGCCGGGGACUACGAGUCGAUGCGCGAGUACCUCAACCUGGUAGCCGACGGCGCCCGUUUCGCGACUUCUGGUGGCUCUAUCGACGCGGCACAGGCCGUCCGAAAGACGAGGCUGCACAACUGCAAGGCUGUGUGCGGGCUAAUGCUGCAUGACUAUGACCUAGCUCGGGAGCAGCUCGAAGCCGCCUACAUGACCGCGGAGGACCACUUGCCAGAAACGAAACGAGUAUUUUUCACCACACUUCGCCUGUACAUGGUGCUUUACCAGCGACUCGGCGCUGAUGCUGGCGCGUCGGGCGCAAUUCCUUCGAUCCAGAGAAUCCGCCCUUACUGGAAGAUCCUUGCCAAAGCUUUUGAAAUGGGCUACGAGCCCGGCGACAAGCUGUAUGCCCGCAACGGCGCGCUUCUCGCCAUUCUCCUGCAGAGCUCGACACCGACACCCACCAGUUCUGGCGGUGGCCCUUUGGUCACACCGGGAGAGUUGAGCACGAUGCUGUCCUACAUUCUGCCAACUGAUCAUUCUCCAAUCCGCUUUCUCUCGCGCUUGGAGUUCCUGCUACGACGGGUCGUCGAGUCGAGCGCAGCUGACGCACAGCAGGCAAGACAAGUCAUGCAAGAGGCCGAGGUGCACCUGCUGGAGCACGGCGCGCGCGGAUGGGGCUGCGGGUGCCAGUUUGACCAGGAACGGGAUCUCUAUGCACAGCGCAGCGACGAGGGCGGCAUGGCGGCGGUUCUUGGGAGACUGGGGACGGUGCUGCCGCGGUUCGACGGCCUGGACCUGCAGAUCGAGAUGCCGUGGACGUCGGGCAUUGAGAGUCUGCUGCGCGUGUGGAUGAAGCAUGUGGUUCAGAAAAUCCAGGGCUCGCAGCGCCUUCCGACAGCAGAUUUUGCAGAGGAGGACGUCCAGGCAUACCUUGCUGAGUGGCAUGCUGAGAUGACCUGACAUAAAUGCAGCAGGUCGGCUUCCCUCGUGUCAGUUUGGGUUAAUCUUUCACUCUUGUAUUUUUCCGGUGGGACGGUUUUGAUUUGAGAUUUGGUGCUCGGAGACGAUUAAUGAUGUCAAGUAUAAUGCUAUGAAUUUGGUCUAUUCGA